UGGAGUGAAAGUGAAAUGUUAUUACUUGUAAUGGAGCUAGAGUUUUUUUUUGCUUUACGAAUUUACCGUUUCUGCAAAUGAUUCCGGUGCUUCCUGACUUGUAACGCCUGUGUGUUUCCGCUUAGUAUAAACUGAAUUUGUGUAUAUACAAACACCAGUGAAAAAAUUUGACGUGUUUAUUAAGUGAAGAGUAAAACAUUGUCACCCGAGACUGAACCCGUGACCCUCAGUUAGUUCCGUGCAGUAGUAAAGACUUUUCGUGUCGUUGCGAAUUUAUCUUGUGCGUUGUUUUUAAAUGAGGAGUGUAGUGUUUCUGUUACUUUCGGCGAUUGUCGUGGUAGAACAUUAAAAUAUGCCACGGCCGGUUCUCAGUUCUGUUUGUUUCGUAGUAUCCCGUCUGGCAUAAUUGUUGUCUUCGUUGACAGCAAGAUUAAGAUACGCAGGCCUAUAAACAAAAUUGUUUAAAUGUUAUUUAACGACGCUGUAUCAAAUGCAUCGAGUGAGAUGAGAGAAUGGUCGUGUAAGGCAGAAUGACAGGAAUUAACAACUUGUUUCUACAGAUAUAUUAAGACCGCGUGGAACUUUAUCUCCACUCCUCAGAUACGCCUUUAUAUCAUGGGGCUCUGUUCAGGUACGGGCGAUUUGAAUUUUUUUUUAUAUAAAUGUUACUUUUACACGUUCAGCAAUGACUGAUAACACCGUGUCGUGUACCUGAAUAUUGGAUAAGAUCGGUGUUACGUAAAAAUGGACAGCAACAGUUUGAACGAGAGGAAUCCCAGCGUCACCGCCCAGGUGUGGCCCCAGGUCGGAUACUUCGUGCCUUUGCACAUGUGUCAGGGGCUUUAUAGCUUCUCGCCGGGAACGGAACUGGGCGGGGGCGAGAGCGCGAUAGGGACCUUGACGCCGUCGUCUGGACGCUCGUCGUUGGUGUCGGGGCCGCUGCUGUACCACCCAGCCAACAAGGAAGUGCUUGAGGAGCCCGUCGAUGAGCAGGGCGGGGAGCGUAUCGUCUGGGAGUACCAUCACGUGACCCUGACCCGGGUCCCUGGGUACGGUUUUGGGAUUGCCGUCAGCGGUGGGAGAGACAACCCGCACUUUACCAACGGGGAUCCGGCUAUUGCUAUAUCGGACGUUUUGAAGGCGGGACCAGCGGAGGGGAAGCUCCAAGUGAACGACCGGAUCAUCAGUGCCAAUGGAGUGUCUCUUGAGAAUGUGGAGUACGCUACGGCCGUGCAGGUGUUGCGAGACAGUGGGAACACGGUUUUGCUGGUGGUGAGGCGAAGAGUCGUGUUGCCAGCCUGUCCAGAGCCCCAGACACUCAAGUUGAGCCUCACCAAAAGCAAGAAGAAAGAUGACUUUGGUCUGGUGUUGGGAUGCAAGAUCUAUGUCCGAGAAGUGGCAAACAGAGCGACGUUGGACGGCAGUGGAGGAAAGGACAGUGGGGGGUCAUUGCAGGAAGGGGACAUUCUUCUGAAGAUCAACAACCACACCACAGAGGGACUCAGCCUCAAAGAUGCCCGCAAACUUAUCGAGGCGAGUAAGGAGAAGUUGAAUCUUGUGGUCAGAAGAGAACACAAGCCAGGCACCAGCGUUGAGUCGACAGCUCUGCCCAAAGAUUCACACGGAAACUACCUGGAUGGACUGAGUGGACCGAAUUACUCGUCACAGAAUCUUUAUGUGCAACCGCCAACACGGAGUAGCCACUCAACACACCAACACAAUCUGGCGGAGGAUAAAAGUAACCUAGUCCCAAGGGGUCGGUCACGAGGCCCGCUUCUUGACGUGUCGCUGAGUCAGCUAGACCGACCGGCGACGCCCGUUGGUCUUCCUCAUCACCACGCUCACUCACACUCAUGUCCACGUAGCGGACUGGAAGAUGGAACUCCUUCGUUGGGACCACCAGAUCCCCUGGGCAGCCCACCCAGGCCACCUCCCCCUCGACCAGAAGAUUACUACAGUAGUAGUGGCAACAGCAGAAGGCAGUUGUAUGAAGAUGAUCCCCUGCUCCAGCGCUCCAAGCAGCCCAUGCCAGAUCCUCGUUUCAUCACAUUUCAGAAAGAGGGAUCUGUCGGCAUCAGAUUGACCGGCGGUAAUGAGGUGGGUAUAUUUGUUACUGCUGUCCAACCUGGAAGCCCAGCAUCCCUGCAAGGUUUACAGCCAGGAGACAAGAUACUCAAGGUGAAUGACAUGGACAUGAAAGGAGUAACAAGAGAGGAGGCUGUAUUGUUCCUGCUCAGUCUGCAGGACCAGAUUGAUCUCAUUGUUCAGUAUCGGAAAGACGAGUAUGAACAGAUAGUGGCCAGUCAGCGAGGAGACUCGUUUCAUAUCAAAGCUCAUUUCAACUACGAUCAGCCAAAUAAGGGCGAACUGAGUUUUCGGAAAGGCGACGUGUUCCACGUGGUCGACACUCUUCACAAUGGUGUCGUCGGUUCAUGGCAGGUGUUCCGCAUCGGGAGAAAUAAUCAGGAGGUUCAGAAGGGCAUCAUCCCAAACAAGUCGCGUGCUGAAGAAUUGGCAACAGCACAGUUCAAUGCCACCAAAAAAGAACUGACGGCUUCUGAGAGUCGGGGCAGCUUCUUUAGACGUAGACGUGGCAGUCAUCGGCGUUCCAAGUCACUCAGCAGGGACCAUUGGGAUGAUGUUGUAUUUGCCGAUAGCAUCAGUAAGUUCCCGGCAUACGAGCGAGUGGUGUUGAGGCACCCGGGCUUUGUGCGACCUGUGGUACUGUUUGGUCCUGUGGCAGAUAUCGCUCGUGAGAAGAUGCUGAAGGACUUCCCCGACAAGUUUACCUCCCCGCAGUUGGACAGCAACUUAGAGGAAGUUCCGAAGAGUCAGAAGUCAUCUGGUAUCAUCCGUCUGAGUGCAAUCCGUGAGAUCAUGGACCGGGGAAAGCAUGCCUUGCUGGAUAUCACGCCAAAUGCAGUUGACAGGCUAAACUAUGCUCAGUUCUACCCAAUAGUCAUUUUCCUGCGUGCCGAGUCUAAACAUAUCAUAAAAGAGCUCAGGGCAGGGCUGUCAAACUCAUUCGUGGAUGUCUUCAGCUGGGCAGCACACAAAAGCAGCAAGAAGCUAUUUGAGCAGUGCCAAAAGCUGGAGAAGGUUUGGGGCCACACGUUUAGCUGCAGUAUCACACUCACCAGCCCAGAAACCUGGUACAGGAAGGUGAGGGAGCUCAUAGACAAGCAGCAGAGUGCUCCUGUGUGGAUGAGCGAGAGCAAGCCGGAUGAAGCUCUGUCUGACGACUUUCUCUUCCCCAUGACCUCGCGCCUUUCCUACGCCUCGUCUCCAGAGUCAGACCUGGACCUCUCCCCAGAGCCCCGCUGUGCUGUCCCUCCUGGAUCCACAGCCCCCCCACCAGGACCAGGGCCUGGGCCCCCUCGCCUUGUGAAGAGCUCGUCCGACCCCAGCAUUGCCACGCAAGAGGAUGGAGGGGUUCCCAGUUACAGUGCGCCUCCACCCUACUCUUCUAGCAACCACUACAAACAGAAUUAUGAGAGUCACAAUGGAUCAGCUGGUGGAUUGAGUCCAUCAGACCACGGUCAUCACCAUCACCAUGGGGGCCACAGUCACAACCUAGCACUGUCACUGAGCAACAAACGACGGUCACAAGGCGACAGUAAAUAUGGCUUCUCACCUCCACCUCAUCAUGACGAACCCCCCAUAACUUCAUCAACGAUGCAUCUUAACUACCCCCCACCGCAUCCGCAUCAGCAUCAGGGACUGGGACCCCCUGUGACGAGGUCUCCUCCGGGUCAGGGUCCGCCAGAGUUGCCUCCGAGAAUCGAUCGCUCUAACAAACCGCAUCGGGGAGGUGGUGGGACGUUGAGUAGGUCAGCUGCUGAACGUCUGUUUGGGAAGGGUGAUGGUGGACUGGGGGACCCUGCAGAUUCCAGUUUGGACCCUCCAAACUACAUCAAUGCUACCCCUCAUCACAGACCUCCAGGGCAGACAGGCUCUUCUUUGGAGCGGCACAACAUGAAAACAAGUAGUUUUGAUAGCGUAUCAUCAUAUGAUUCAUACAACAAUCGCCUUGGUCCUAAUGCUCAUGACGACCUCAAGUGCGGAACCAAUAACGGAACUGGCGUAUCUCCUCGAAACCACGAUCCGUAUCGAUUUACACGCUCCACAGCUCAGCCGAUCGCCAAUAAGAAUGAGAAAGCCAACAAACUGCCAGACUUUAAUAAAUACAGACCUGGUGAAUAUAAACCUUUGCCUCCUCCCAAGACUGGCGCUUAUAAGCCUGUACCCCCGCCAAAACCUAAAAACUAUCGACCACCCGUAGCCCCCGAAGGGGGUGCAGGCGGAGGCAGCUGGGGUUAUGGGAGCGGACACCCGGCCCAACCCUGUGGAGACGCGGACUCAACUGUGGCGUCUAUGCUGAAACAGCAGGCGACAGGCUUGCCCUCGUACCAGCAUGCCAAGUCAUACUCUGUGGCAGGGGGACUAGAUUCUGCAGGUUACAUGCCUCAGCACAAUGGCGGAGAGGAUACAAGCGGAGGGUUUGACUCGGGACACGGCAGUAGUCUCGACCGCAGCUAUAACCCCGGAACUGCACUGCACCGCGGACAGUACUAUUACAACAUUCCAGCUCCUAACCGCAGUGGCAAUAGUAGCAGCGAUUAUCACCACGGUGGCAGCGGGACCGGUCAUCACCACGCCCGGGAGCCGAGCGGCCUGCUGGACCUCGCGAACCGGGAGCAGAGGGGUUCCGCUUUUGAACUGUACAAGAAACCGAGCGCUGCCUUGCACCACUAUCUGGACAGUAAUCUCAGGGGUGGAGGAGAAGUUGGUGAGGGGGGUGACGGUGAGGAGGUGGUGGCCACGGCCAGGGGGUUGUUUACCCACGAGGGGGGUACACUGAGCAGCCCAGACACAGGCGUGGCUAUAAUUAUCCCUCCAGGAGCUCUUCCUAUUGGCUCCCAGCAGGAGGUCUACUUCAAAGUGUGUCGCGACACUUCUAUGUUGCCCCCGCUUGACCAAGAGAAAGGUGAGACGUUGCUAAGUCCACUGGUCCUGUGCGGGCCGCACGGACUUAAGUUCCGUUGUCCGGUUGAACUGCGGUUACCGCACUGGGCGAUGUGCGAACCUCCGGACCGCUCAUCAGAGUCAAACCGUCGUCCCAGAAGCUUCGCGCUCAAGUCCGGAGAGACGACCUGUGGGCAGCUGGGACGGCCAUCCAGUUGGCAGAGCGUGGCGAUAGAUUCUGGGGGUCCAGCCACAUCCAUUGGCUCGAACAGCGUGUCAGUGUUAGUGGACCACUUCUAAUGAUCGUAGCUUAUAUAUAGUAUUUGUGUCUUGAAUGUAAUCAUAAGGUGAUUUGUUACUGCCUGUACACUUUGCAUACUGAAGUGUAUUAUUGAAUGACUGACAUGUGCUCAGUGUUUAGGGUUGACUUUGCAACCCCUUAUAAGUUGAAUCUUACUUCACGCUCAACCUCUGAGCCAGCAGGGACAUUAAUGUAUUACUAGUCUCAACACGGUUUUCGGCAGGUA